CUGCAGCCCCGCGUGAAUAAAGAUUUCAGAUAGGGUUCCCUGUCAAAAUGGCAAACGUUGCCCUGAUUGGCUGCACAGGUAUGGUGGGAAGCCAUAUUCUCGCCAGUCUUCUCGCCAGUCCUGCUGUGGCUCGAGUUGAUACAAUCUCCCGUCGCACUCCCCAAGUCGCAGCUACCGCGCCUCACACAAAGCUCACCACCUUUGUGUCAGGCGAUACCGAAAAAUGGGCUAGCCAGCUCUCUUCGCUGACUCCAGCCCCUUCUAUCUUCAUUUCGUCAUUUGCAACUACCAGGGGAGCUGCAGGUGGCUUCGACAAUCAAUAUAAGGUGGAGCAUGGCUUGAACAUCGAGAUGGCCAAAGCAGCACGUGAUGCAGGUACCAAGGUUUAUGUUUUAAUUUCAUCCAGUGGAGCCAGCACAAGCUCAACCUUUGCAUAUACACGGAUGAAGGGCGAAAUCGAAGAAGACGUGAAGGCUCUCGGGUUUGAAAGAACCGUGAUCUUACGUCCUGGGUUGAUUGCAGGUCAGAGAGAUGGGAGCCGUCCUGUGGAAGCUGCUUUUCGCUUCAUUGCGGGUGCUAUGGGCAAAGUGCACUCAGGGUUAAAAAAUGGAUGGGCCCAAGAUGCGGAUGUAAUUGCUCAGGCUGCGGUCAAUACCGGUAUCAAGGCUUUUAACGACGAAGUCCCCGCUGGUAGUGAAAAGGUUUGGGUUCUGGCAGGCAGCGAUAUCAUCAAGUACGGG